AUGCCAUCGACCUCAAUAGCGGAGCACCUGCUCCACCUCCUGGCCGCGGUGCCGUUUGAGGAAAAGCAGCGCCACACCUGGUCGAGCCUGGCGCUCUUCCUGCUGCCCAUCCCGCUCCUCGUCCUCCAGCUCCAUCUCCUCGUCCGCUACGAUCCGCUGCGCACGCUCCCGCUCCGCCUCGCCCUCGUGCCCGCCAUCGCGCUGCUCUCGCUCCCCGCCGCGUUCCACCGCUACUUUGACCUCGACGGCUCCGGCCAGGUGCGCGGCCAGGCGCAGCACUUCAACUUUGGCGCCGGCGUCUACAGCAUCUAUGCCAUUGUGCGCUCCGUCGAGUGGGGCACGCAGUGUUCCAGGCCCAGGUUGAAGCGAGCCCCCGGCGUCGCCUCUGCCCCUGCCAUAGAUGCCUCACCCGAGAAGACGACAACGACGCCGGGAAAGUCGCACCGGCGGCAACGCGGCGACAAUAAUGGCGUCGGAGAUGACACGCCCACGCUGCCCAUCCUCUUCCCGGGCACCUGGACGCCCAUCGAGCUCGACCUGCUCCAGAACAUGCGCGGCGUCGGGUGGGAGUCUGGUACGCCGCUCUCUGCGCCCGCCCUGCCCGUGCCACGGUACAGGUACGUCGACCGGCUGCGCUGGGCGGCACGGCGGCUGCCCAACCUCAUCGUCACCUACACCUGCCUCGACGCGCUGGCCGUCGUGAUCCGGGACCAGCGCGUCUUCCCGCACAUCGCCACCGUGCCGGGCACGAGCAUCUGGACGGCCCCACCGGGCCUGUUUGGCAGCGCCCUCGGCCCCUACAUCCUCACGGCCACGUUUGGGACCAUGAUCUACCUCGUCAUCCAGUCGCACCACGCGCUCCUCAGCAUCUUGAUGGUCCUCCUCCUCCGAGACCUCCCAUCGCGCUGGGACCCGCUGCCAUUCGAUGCGCCCCUCUUCGCCACAUCGGUGCAGGAUCUGUGGUCGAACCGGUGGCACCACCUCUUCCGUCAAUCCUUCCUCCACGUCGCCUACAGCCCGGUCCGCACCGUCGCGGCCGCCGUCGUGGGCAGGAAGGCGGCGAGGGCGCUGGCCACAUUUGCCGUCUUUGCCCUCUCGGCGCUGGUGCACGAGUGGGGCCAGUUGCCCAUGUCGCCUCACUCGCGCCUCGGCAUCACACAGACGGGCACCUUCUUCCUCGUCCAGGCCGUCGCCAUCGUCCUCGAACACGCCUGGCGAGACGUCACGGGCACAAAGGUCCGUGGCCUCCCCGGCUGGAUCUGGACGUUUGCCUUCCUCAUCUACACCGGUACCAUGCCGACCGACGAAUGGACAAGGAGGGGUCUCCCGCUCUCGUGGGUCUUUACCCCCAAGUACACUCGGCCCUUUGUCGACUGGGCGGUAGACGUGGCCCAGCGCCGUUUCGGCCGCUAG